AUGCUUCUCUGCAUUUCCCUUCGUGACGAUCCAAACGAGAACCCCCUCAAGGCUAACUUCAUGCGACUUGCUGCGCCAGUUGUUACAGCAAUCCCAAACAACAAACCCGACAUUGAGAAUUUCAUUGAGACAGAGUUGGAAAAUCGAAUCGAAUCUGGACAGCUCACGAUUGGCAGUCCUCUUCUGAUCCUAGAAAUCCAAGAUGCUCUAUUAAGCGGAUCACAGGGGAUGUUCCUUUGGGUAGCUCUCCAAAUUGAGUCUUUAUGCACCAUGGAAAGUGAUGAAGAAAUCCGCCAAGCUCUUGCGGACCUGCCGAAAGAUCUAUCAGAAACAUUCUCUCGAACUUUACGGCCGAAGUCCCAAAAUACACGCCAAAGGGAAAUAUUGGCCAUUCUGACUGUGGCGCAAAGCCCACUCACUCUCCACCAACUGCGCGAGGCGUUAUGUGUAGUGCCGGGUGAUCUGAACUGGAAUCUAGAUAGACUUCUCAACAAUAUGCACAACACCUUGUCUUCUUGUGGCAGUCUUGUCACUAUUGAUGAAGAGGAGCUUACUAUCCAUCUCGUUCACCACAGUGUGAAACAGUUCCUCCUUGGUGAAUUCAAAGAUUCAACCCAAACCCUAGUCAAUGUUGAUGAUGCCCAUCAAAUGAUGGCAAGCAUCAUUCUCACCUACCUAAACUACAGUGUGUUUGAAACUCGACUUUCAAAGACCGUCAUACCUUGUCUUCAAACUGGGUCAGUACCAUCAGAGGUGAUUAUGUCAACAAUAAAAUCAUCAACUGGUGUCCGGAACAUGGCAAUCAAACUGCUUCGAUCCCGGAAAGGGUCUGCUUUUGACAUUGGAAAGGUCAUAGCAGAGACGAAACUUCAGAAUCACUAUACAGAGGAGCAGUUUCACUUCCGCAAAUACGCAGUAUCAUUCUGGUUACACCACGCCGUCCACGCCUUUGACCUUCCCGAAGGCAUACACAAGUUAUUACUCAGACUCUUGGAUCGACGAGUAGCCUUGAGCCUCGAGGUCAACGACAAAGAUAUCGAUAAACUAUUGUCAUGGUCCGCAAAAAAGAAACAAUACGCAUCAUUGAUCAAGAUAUUGCUUGAUUCCGGAAACAUGACAUCAAUGGAACGAGACAUGACUCUAGACGCACUCCAUAUCGCCGCAGGCGAAGGACACAGUGCAAUGAUUCAAGUCCUCUUAGAGCGCGCAAAGAUGAACGACAUGAUGAUGUUCGAGGGGACGCACCCGCAACGACUAUAUCUAUCCGCCCAGAAGGACGUCGAGCCGACAGAAUCACAAUCACUUGAUUCCAACGCGGUUGAUAUCAACUCAAGGGAUUCCCUGCGUUGGACUCCUUUGCAUCGAGCUGCGAUGAAUGGACACACGUCGACCGUGAUAUUUCUGCUCACAGUCGUCAACGCCAAUCCCGAGACCCCCGAUUUGAUGGGGCUUACACCUUUGCAUCUGGCGAGUAUGAAUGGCCACGCUGCUGCUGUCACGGCACUCCUAGAUCAUGGGCAUGCAGAUCCCAAUGCUAGUGAUGAAGAGGGCCGGACUCCUGGUGAUCUUGCCUUGGAAAAACUCGAUGAAGAGACAAUUUCAAAGCUAGAUCCCCGGCUUUUCGAAUAUUCGAGAGAAAUUAUUGAUGCUGGCUCCACCGUAGGACAGACUGGUUCUUCCAGUUGGCUGGAUGGCCUGAUAUCAGAGUAA